CACAAUCUGGUUGCACACCCUUGCACUCGCUCGGCUUGGGUUUGGCUCAUCGCAUCAGUGCUCAGUGUAGGAGUGGCCUCUCACAGUUGGAUGGCUUCCCCCUCGCGAGCCAGGCGACGCUAACAAGGUUUUCACGACACGACGAGAGGACUCAGGCGAACUAUCACGAUGAGACCGACAUCGGCCUGGACUUCAUUGGUUCUCUUCUUUGUUGUUGAGGGGACAUCGAGAGCUUGCACGGUGAAGAAAUUGGGCAGCAGCCCCGGCAGGUUCGCCAACGCCACGUUGGUACGUCUCUCCGAGUUUUUGAGCGCUGGCUACAAAAAAGGGGUGCGGCCGGUCAAAGACUGGCGGACGUCGACCCUGGUGGCCAUCGACCUGAUGGUUUACUCCAUCCUCAAUGUGGAUGAGAAGAACCAGGUUUUGACAACAUAUGUGUGGUACAGACAGUCCUGGACAGAUGAAUUCCUCGUCUGGAAUCCCGAAGACUUCGACGAGGUCAAACAGGUUUCCAUACCAACCGCCAACGUGUGGGUGCCGGACAUCCUCAUCAAUGAGUUCGUCGACGUGGGGAAGUCUCCCGACAUACCGUACGUCUAUGUGACCCACGACGGGUUGGUGCGCAACUACAAACCCAUCCAGGUGGUCACCGCCUGCACGCUCAACAUCUACAACUUCCCGUUUGAUGUCCAGAAAUGCAGCCUGACGUUCCAGAGCUGGCUUCACACUAUUGACGACAUCAACAUCACGUUGAUGCGCAGCCCCGAGGAGCUGAGGGAGGACAAGAGCGUCUUCAUGAACCAGGGAGAGUGGGAGCUGCUGCACGUUCUGUCCAACUACAAAAUCUUCAGCGUGGACAACGACGACUACUACGCCGAGAUGAAGUUCCACGUGGUGAUCCGUCGGCGGCCGUUAUUCUACACAGUCAACCUGCUGCUGCCCAGCAUCUUCCUCAUGGUGAUGGACAUCGUGGGUUUCUAUCUUCCACCUGACAGUGGCGAGAGGGUUUCCUUCAAGAUCACCUUGCUGCUGGGCUACUCAGUCUUCCUCAUCAUCGUGUCCGACACUUUGCCCGCCACCGCCAUCGGGACACCCCUGAUAGGCGUGUAUUUCGUUGUUUGCAUGGCGCUCCUGGUGAUCAGCCUGACAGAAACGGUGCUGAUUGUGCGUCUGGUCCACAAGCAGGACCUGCAGCCCCCGGUGCCCCACUGGCUGAGGUACCUGGUCCUGGAGAGAGCUCCGGCCCUCUUCUGCAUCUACAAGAAGCACCGGCUGUGCUCCAGAUUGUCCUCACAGAACUCCAAUAUGGACGACUACAAGGACAACAAUUACGGAACUGCUCAGUGCACGCUCCAUCACACGUGUGAGAUCGGCCGGCAGCACGAGAGGGAGGCGGCCCUGCUGAGCCGGGGGCCGCAAACCUCCAGAGACCCGUCCACCCCCGUCGUGAGCAACAUUCUUCAAGAGGUCACGGCGAUACGCAGCUUCCUGGAGAAACGGGACCGUGGCAACGAAGUGGCCAAGGAGUGGCUGCAGGUGGGCUAUGUUCUGGACGUUCUGCUCUUCAGGGUCUACCUGGUGGCCGUGGUGGCCUACAGCAUCACACUGGGUUCGCUGUGGUCCGUCUGGCAGGUGGCCUGAGGGCGCAAUGUUGCGGUCGCUCCGUGGGAAGUGGAAAUUACACACCAGUGGGCUAAAGUUUGGAGACACUUGCAUGGUAAACCCAACAUAAAGCGAAUCCAUGGAGUCCGUACCUUUGUACGACCAAUUGAAUUUACCAUAAAUGAUGCUGAGACAAAAGACUAUUUCGGGUUUAGCAAGUUCCGUGAAGGCCGUGCGCUGCUUUUCCGGGCCAGCGUUGAGAUGUUCGCAGAGCCCAGGCUUGACCGAUUCUUCCACUUACAGGAUUAUUGUUAAGAUAGUUAACAGCAACACGAUAACAUGCAUAAUUAAUCAUUCCAUUUGGUUAAUUUCUCAGCCACAAUGUUCCUGGUUCAAUUUCAACCUGUAAUUAUACAACAGUGUCAGAAUUUCUUUUUAUUUUAAUCCCAAUAUUCAUAGUUAAUGGGUCACUACGUACGUAAUAUUUGUCAUUGCAAAUAUGGAAAAUGACAAAUGAUAAAAUACAGCAUAUAUUUAUUGCAAUUACUGAAAUUUGUACAGAUGGCUUUGCUGGUUAAUUUAGAUAAUGUAUUAACUAUUAAAAAAAAAAAUAUAUAUAUAUAUGAAUAAAAUAUACUCCACAUGAAUUUUUCCACAUGAAAUUCAUUCAUUCAUACAAUCAAAAUUUUUUAUGAUAUCGAAAUAUAUACAUUAUCUAUGCCCAAAUCAUUUAUCCAUCGUGUAAGGGAAAAAUUAUGUAAAGGAUCAGUAUUAUGAUGCAGUUGUGCCCGCCGGUAAUGUUGUAGUUCUACUUAAAUGCCCGAAAGGGGCGCUGUGCACUAUCACAUCGAAGCCUUUCCAAAUGAGUGAGAAACAGGCCUGGCAGGAUUAGACAAAGUUGACAAAAGAUUUAUUCAGGAAUGUUGGAAAUAUUUUUGACCAAACGACAAAACGAAUCGAAUUGAUUUCAGUGGACAGAAUAUGAAGUAAAUAUGAUGUGAAAAUGUACAGCACGUGUCAUUUUUAUAUGUGGAAAAAUUUCUACAAGCUACCGUGAGUGCGACGUUCUCUGUUGCUGUCAUUGUUCUGUUUGC